UCCCACUUCCUCUUCAUUUCUUUGUUGGUGUGGUCUCUUUAGUACUAUGGAUUCAUCAAAAUCUUAAAUAUUCUAUUACCUCAUAAGUGCAACUUCAUUCUUGGAUUAACAAAUUUUCAGCACAAAUUUAUUUUCCAGUAUAAGAAUGAAAUGCAUCCGAACAGAGCUGAAUGGUUUUAGAGAAUCUGUAUAGCCGAUGCCAACUUAGUUUAAGCUUAAGGUCUAGUUGUCCAUGCUAGCACCUUUCUGUUGUUGUGUGUAGAUUUGUAGAUGAUGCUUGUUAGUAGACAAAACCCUCCUUGAGGAUUAUCCAUGAAGGGUGAAAGCAAAUAGUAGAUAUGAUCAUAAUGUGAGCGUUUCAUGGUUCAGCCAUGCUAAGGCUUCAGAAUCCACAAGCCUGUAGCAGCUGUCAUUCAUUUCCAGAUACUAGUGAACUCAUACCUUGCAAGAGUAUAUAUGUCAAUCCUUUGAUUAGUAGCCGUAGUUAUGCUAGCCUUGUGAGUUAUACUGCUAAAGGAGUCAGCAAUUUUUCUUUCUCUUGGAAUCGGGGCUGUCAACUGAAAUCUUGUAAACUCUCUCAUCAUGUCACUUCAUAUAGAUUGCUGUGCCGGUCACAAGAUGCUACUUCACCUGAAAAUGAGUAUCGCUCCUCCCGAAAUAUAGCUAUCAGCCUGUUCAAGCGAUACAAGAAUUUUCUUGAGCGUGGAGGAGGUGACAACUUAAAAGAGUUCAUCAGUGCUGGUGUAAAUGCAUAUGCUUUGGGAUGUACUGAUGAAGGAUUGAGGAAAGAACUGAUUGCUUUGAAGGAGUCUGGUGCUGAAAUUGAAGCCAUGGAAACAUAUGGAGGAAGUACCAGCCUCAAGUCUAUGAUUUUAUCUGAGGAGGUUGAUGAGUGUAUUAUGUGGUUGAGCAUUAUAUUCAUCACCAUCCUAUGUACACCUCAACCAACAAUAGUUCGAUGGUCAUCCACACCGCCAGUUUCUGAUGAAAUGAUAGUCCAGUGGAAAGGCUUCUGUGCAAUCAUAGCAAAUGCGUACUUUGUGAGAGGAAUGGCAUGGCUACCAGUGAAGACUCUCCAACUAGAGCAGAUGGCAGUUGUGGGUCAUGCAGAAGAGCCAUCAGUUGUUGCUAGCCGGAUGAGAUUAGUUUUUACCGCACUAGAGGUUGUGAGUCCACAAUGGCCUAAAGUAUGAAGCAGUAGAUCCAGAAUUGGACUUCACAAAUAAGAAACAUAGUUCAACAAGAUAUAUCUACAUUUCUUUUCUUUGUCCAUAGCUCUGUUAACAUGAAUAUUCUGCUAUGUAAAUGUAUGUUUGACAUGCAAACUUUCAGUAUAACUUCAGAGGGCAAAGAAUUCAAAAGGAUAAAUUGAGUAAA